UUACAGCAUGGCGGAGGGGAAUGCAGUCUCCGCUGUGGAGUGGGGGCGGCUGGAGGCUGCCAUCAUUAAUGGCUUCAGACAGCUGAGAGAUCGCUACCUGCAGAGAGGUGUGAGAGUGCUGGAGGAGGCUGAGAGGGACGGUGACAGUGACAGCCCCCUGGACAGGCUGCCGGCCGACAUGCAGUUGUACAUCUUAUCAUUCCUCACCCCACAAGACCUGUGCAGACUUGGAAUGACAAACCAUUACUGGAAUGAAAUGGUACAAGAUCGUCUCCUAUGGAAAUACUUCCUGCUGCGAGAUCUUCCUGCCUGGUCUUCCAUUGACUGCCACAGCUUGCCCGAUGUGACUGUCCUCAACUCCCGCCUGCCUGAAUCCGAGCGGAUGGAUCCCAAUUACAUGUCCAUCUAUUUGCGGAGCUGCCCAAAAACCAGAAAAUCUGUACGGUCCAAGAACCCUAUUUAUGGUGCAGUGACAUCCUUCCUUCAGUCAUUGGUCAUGCAGGGUGAGCCUCGGUUUGCCAUGUUUGGUCCAGGCCUCGAGCAGCUAGAUGAUUCUUUGGUCACACGAAUGAUGACGUCUCCAGAUCUUCUACCUGUGGUCAGCAUACUGCAAAGGCAGAUUGAUGGCAUUGGCUCUGGUGUAACUUUUCAACUGAACAGUCAACAUAAAUUUAACAUCUUAACGCUCUAUUCUACAACACGCACCGAGCGUGACAGGGCGCGAGCAGAGCAAAGUGAAGCAGCCAAUAAGAUGUUCCUGGCAGACAGCCUGCAGAACGGAGAUCAGAGAAUUCCUUACACGCUCAUCCCACAAGUGAAGGAAGUGUGCCGAGUGGUGGAGGGCUUCAUCUAUGUGGCAAACGCUGAAGCACAUAAGAGACACAAUCGUGAAGAAGAAGUAGCUCAGAUCAGGACAAUGAUGGAUCCUCUCCUGGGACCUCAGCGGAGACCUUUGUUGGUUCUGGCUUGUGUCACCAACCCUGGGGACAAGAGGGUUCCCUGUGUAUACCUGGCCCAUGACUUGUGUUUGAGCAAACUGAAUCGGCCAUGGAUGGUGCAGAACACAGAAGCAUCCACAUUGUCUGGACUGUUAGAAGGCAUCGAAUGGAUUCUUGGUGAAGUUGGGAAGAAGUUAUAAUAAUGCUGACAAUCAUCAUAUAUUAUCUUUU